UAUGAUGGAACUUACAUCUUUGCCUAAAUUCCUUUGGACAAGUGACAACAAACUGCUGCAUCACCAUUUUCCGGACAUAUUGGCUACUGUUCAUACCACACAAGACAUUCCCGAAGAAGUUGUUUUUGGACCGUGCAUGCUCCAGAACACCCUGCUGGACACUGUAGCUUUUAUUGCUCUCAAGUGUUCUGAUAGACGGAACAUCCAUUAUGUAUUUAAGGUAGACGUUACGUCUGUGCACAGUCCCGCAGGACUGCCUUGGAUGAGACUUGUACAAGCAGCUGCAAAUAGCAAGGAGCAGAACUUGGAAGCUUACUUAGAAAACAGUCAAUUAUAUUAUCGCUCUACCAGGAAAAUCAACAAAAAUGAGGAGCUGCUUGUCUGGUAUGAUGAGGAGCUUUCCAGCCUCUUGGGUUUCAAUGAGAUAAAAGCUCAGAGUCCCCAGAAUGAAUUGAGAUGUCAAGAAUGUGACCGAGUCUUUAAAUGCGAGCAUUCCUAUCUCUCCCAUGUCCGCUUCCUAUGUGUCCCAGAGAAGAGCGCCCUGCUAUGGAGAAACCUCCAGAACCCUAAGACUGAAAAAAGCAACUUAGCUGAGCAGGCCACAAAUUUCCACAGUCUGGCAAGGGAUCUAGAGGUCAAAAUGGCAGCUUGUAAAGAUGAUGCCCAUGGUCUCACAGGAGAAAAGACAGCAAAAUCUGAAGAGGCUGAGAACAACAGGAGCAGGAAAACAGUGUUGUUGGAGAAAACCAAUAAUCUGAGUGAGGAACAGAACUGUGGGGGCAAGGAGGAGGUUGGGGGAGAGCAUGCAUUGGCUGGUUCUUUCUGGAAGCUUAGUUCAGGGAGGCAGUCAGCUAGGAAGGAUGCUUUAGAGCAGAAGCAGAGCGCUUUCACUGAGGUCAGGAGGAUGAAGGAGAAGCUGAGGAAUGAGAGACCGAAGGAGCCAGAACAAGAGGAUGGCACGGUCCCACUUGGUAAAGAGCAGGUAUCAAAGGAAGUGUUGCUGAACUCCUCCGGUAGUGCAUUCUCCUUUGUGUGGCCCACCAGAGCCCGAGGAGAACAGAAGAGUGCUUUCAGCAAACCCACUAAGUGUCUAACAGAAAGAGCUGCAAUAAAUUCUUCUCAUCCCAUAAGUGAGUCACCAAAGAGCCUGGGGGAGCUGUCUGGCUUCAUUGCCACCACAGACAUCAUGUGCUGCAGCACUCUUCUCAAUUCCAAGUUCUUUGUCAGUGAUUUGUGUAAUGCUCAGAUGCUGCAGACAAGCAUCGCUCAGAGCAAUGUUUUCCCAUAUACCUCAGAACCGUGGCCCAAACAAGCAGGAGGACAGUUACAAAACACAACCACCACGUCUUCUUCCUCCUCCUCCUCUUCCUUGACUCUUCUUCCCCCCACCUUCACGUCCUUUGGAGUGGCUGCCCAGAACUGGUGUGCCAAAUGCAACCUGUCCUUUCGCAUGACAUCCGAUUUAGUCUUCCACAUGCGGUCACAUCACAAAAAAGAAUACUCCUCAGCUGAAUCCCAGUGCAAGAGGAGACGAGAGGAGAAGCUAACAUGUCCCAUUUGUCAUGAGUACUUCCGAGAACGCCAUCAUUUAUCCCGGCACAUGACUUCUCAUAAUUAGAGCUGCACAGACAGAUCUCACCAAGGGACUGGGCAGGUUGGGUAAAGAAGGGGAACAUAGUUCACUUGUAUCCAUUUCUUUUUGAGUUUACAUGAAUUUCUUACAGGAAAUCACUGUUUACAAUAAUUUAUAAUAGAUGCUUUGCAAAAAAAUAUAAAAUGUUUACAGGAGUCUGAGUUGGUUGUAAGUUUUGAAAACUCAACCUAGCCUUUGUCAAUCUAUUUUUGAGGAAAUAAAAUAGUGA